UUAACGAAAUGUUGUAGUUUGUAAUUUUGCCUGUCUCAAUUCAUGAACUGCGCAUCUUGAAUACGCAAACGCGGCUCUGAAUCCGCACUAUGAUCUCACGUCAUGGCCGUUGAGAAACGGGCUAGGAGUUGCUGGUUCCGAAUGUCUUCACGAAUCCCACUCAGGGGCCUCAUGUAGGGUGAACUUCUCCAAGUAGGAGAACUUGUACUACAGCCUGCAGAAAGGCAUCAUGGUCUCUGCCAAUUCCAAAGAGGUAGGGUCCAGCAAGGACCCCGAACAGGACUGCCUGGACCCCUCAGACCAGAAUGCUCCCAGACUGGUGGAGCCUGUGGAUGGAGGUUACGGCUGGGUCAUCGUCUUCGCCUCUUUCAUGUGUAUGGUUAUAGUGGAUGGUGUGAGCUUUUCUUACAGUAUCUUCAACCUGGAGAUCAGAAAACACUUUGAUGUGAAACUCUCUCAGUCCACAUGGGUUGGUUCGCUGCUGUUUGGCUGUUACUUAGUGGCUGGUCCCUUUGUAAGCAUGUUGGCCAACAAGUAUGGAUGUCGUCGGAUUACAAUGGUGGGAGCAGUAAUCUCUUGUGUGGCAUUUGUACUCAGUGUUUUCUCUCCCAACAUCGAGAUGCUCAUUGUCACUUACGGAAUACUGGGUGGUAUCGGUUUUGGCCUGAUCUACCUGCCAGCUAUCGUGAUUGUGGGUUACUGGUUUGAGAAGAAGAGGGCCUUUGCUACGGGUAUUACUGUGUGUGGGUCCGGCAUUGGAGGGUUCAUAUUCCCGGCCAUCAGUGUGUAUUUAUUGGAGGAGUAUGACUGGCGGGGGGCUACGGCUAUCCUGGCUGGAAUCAUCCUUAACUGUGCUGUUCUUGGAGCAUUAUUCAGGCCACUGGAGCCUCCCAAAGUACGGCGAAUGAAACGCGGGGUCGUCCAUAGAGGACUCAUCAUGAAAGCCUUAAUUGAAGAGAAAAAGAGACAAAGAACUAUCUCCAAUGGUUCGCUUGACAAUUGUAUUAUUACAAAAGACAACAGAGUGAUUAAAAUAGACCAGAUCAGCAUCAGAAGUCGGAACGGGCUGAUUCCGAGAAUUAAAGAAACUCUGGGAUUCAGCUCAAAGAGUUUGAAUAAGAGUAAAAACAGCCUAGUCCUGCCUGGGAUACCAGUAUAUAUAGAAAAUGGGACAAUUACUGGAGGGGUGUAUCGUCCGGCCAGCCGGGGCACUUCACAGCGACUGACAGCCAUACCGCCACACAUGCGCUCGGCAAUGCGACCUCAGGUGCCAUCUAGCAGCACCAGUACUGUCGGGGAGGAGGACGGGGCUAAGGGUGUGAUGAAUGGGAACUGUAAUGUGCCUAAGGCCCAGAGCUAUGACACAAUUCCACUCAGCAAUCAGUGGGACAGUCUAAUGGAUGUCCCCCUCAACACCUGUAAAAAAAGUCUCAGUUGUAACUCAAUGAAUAACCACCACAAGGUUUUGGCAAGCAGUUUUGUAAAUAUGCCUGUAACUGCGUGUGGGUCAAUGUACUCUUCACAAGUAAAACUAGUACGAUCUGCACGGUCCUUGUACGAUAGUCAAGGAAACAAGAACAGUGUGGCUGUGGGCACGGCACUAGUUGCAGGUAGCGUGCUGAGUGUGCCCCAGUACAGUGCCAGCAUUCAGAGCUUGGAAUACAUGUACCCAGAAGAACCCUCUUGUAUGGCCAGUGCUUUACAGGUUGUCAAGAGGAUAUUUGAUGUAUCCUUGCUGAAGAGUCCCAUGUUUGCCUUACUCUGUAUCCUCAGUACAAUGAGCAUGUUAGGGUUUUUCAUUCCCUUCAUAUACAUCCAGCCCUUUGCAGAGACGGUAGUGGGCGUGGAUACCAAGGAUUCUGCCUUCCUCUUGUCCAUCAUUAGCAUUGCUAACACGGUAGGCCGGGUGAUUUCAGGCUGGGUCGCUGACCGCCCUUGGGCCAACUCGCUGAUCAUCAACAACAUGGCGCUUGUUUUGGCUGGACUUCUCACUUGUAUUGUGCCUUUUUGUACAAGCUAUGCCCUGCUUUCGGCUUUUUCCGUCUGCUUUGGAAUAUGCAUAGCAACAUUUGUGUCUCUGCGCUCAAUUUUGCUGGUGGACCUUCUUGGGCUCGAAAAGUUGACAAACUCAUUUGGGUUGCUGAUUCUGUUUCAGGGGGUAGCCACCAUGGCUGGCUCACCUUUAGCGGCGACCGUCUUCGAAUCCACAGGGAAUUUGAAUGACUCCUUCUACAUGGCUGGAGCUCUCAUAAUACUGUCUGGAGCACUGGGGUUUCCUCUGCGCAAAAUAAAAGACUGGGAAGAGUCGCGGAGAGCCCCUCCUUUACCGGAGAGUGUUCCCGUGACAGAAACCAUCCAUCUGGAGUCUGUGGACACGGACAUUUGAACUGGCGUGCUGUGUUUUGUGAAGACAUUCACUGAAGCAAUAUGCCUGUGCUUGUUAAUAUGGGAGACGCACACUAAUGAACAUACAAAUGCAUAUAUACAGAGAUUCAUAUAUACAAAUAUAUAUAUAUUACACAUAGUAUUUUUAAAUUCUCAGUGUAAACUUGGAUUAUGCGAUAGUUGUUGGACUGGCUACCCUCUAGUGUUCUGUGCGAUGAAAAGAGCAGAUGUCAUGACCCCUGACCUCUGACCUGACCUGCUCUUCUUUAGUCGGGCAGCUCUGUGAGUGAGUGUAGGCCGCAGAUGGUGAUGGUGAAUGCAGGAUGCUGACAGCUAGGUGCUCCAGAUUUGCUAUGUUGUAUUUGCCAGCCACUUGUCAUAGGAGGAGCUGUCCUGUCAUAGGGACCAUGGUAGCAUAAUACUUGAAAUGAGAGAAAGGCAGACAGAGAGAGAAAGAGAGGAGGUGGAUGGGUGGAUUCGGUCAAUACCAACAGGGUUAACUGCACCCGAUAUUUGGUGGUUCUGGACUGUAGACAAGUUUUCGCAACACACUGUCAUUUUUUCUCUUGGUUUGUCAAUAUUUGCUGGUAUGUUUGUCUACAUGUAUAUAGAUGUGAGCUAUAUAUCUUUUAACAUCUCUCAUACAAUUGGAGGCAGUGUGUGCCAGUGAUAUUGUCAAUGUCAUUUUGCUGACUAUUUUCUCCACUGUCCUGCAUGAGGUUACCCUUGAUCCAUGAUCUUACCCUUGAUCAGUGAUCUUACCCUUGAUCCAUGAUCUUACCUACCAUUUGGGCACUUACAACUGGCCAAGUGAUUCCUGGAUAACGCCAGUACUUAAUCAUGCACACACAUGUUUCACUCUAAGUGUUCACUGAAGAAGCUCUGUAAUUGUUGUGUUCUUGAUGGUUGUUUUCUUUCUGCUGUUCAAUUUAUUUCUUUAAUAUAAAAAGUGCAUGCUCUUUAAAUCUACUUGAAAAGUUUUUAGCUCAUGAAGUAGAUAAGUUUAUUAAUAUUUUCUUUCAUUUUGUUGGAAUAUUCAUGCAAUAACCAUAUACAUUAAUAAAAGUCGAUGAGUCUUUUUCAUGGUUAGUGAUUAAAUCUCCUAUUAGGUCAUGGAUAAAUCUGGUUAAUGUGGACUGACUGCAGACUGCUGAAGGGAGGUAACUCUGUGUGUAGUCUUACUUGUAACAGGUUAUGAAUUGCCUUAAGUCUGUUAAGUCUGUGUAGUGCUCUUGAGAUAUAGUCAUAUUGUUUUCCUUUAUACAUGUAUUUUGUGUAUUUUGUAUAUUUGUUUUAUUCCAUAGAAGAAGUGAUAUUAGGGAGUAGGAGAGAAGUCUCCUCUGUGAAUGGUUUACCUGUGCAUACGUGCACUUAGAUCAUGUAGCCUUCAGUUCUGUUGUCUGUUAGUCAUCAGAUAUUUUCCUGCAUUGGGUGUGGGGGGAGACUUGAAUGUGAAGGUGAAAAUAUGGCAGUGUUGCCUUGAUUUAGUAGUAUGUUGCACAGUUUUAGGUGAAUGAUCCUGGAUGUAUUAUUUUCUUGGUUUAUCAAAACCUGUUACAACAUUGUCUGUUGUUGUUAUUGCUGCUUUUAGUGCUUGUGAGUUAGUCAGAUCCUUUGUUUUGAUCCAUUUUGUUAAAUAGGUUUGACACUCCAGUAUUUAUUACUUGUGCUAUUGUAGCCUGAUUUUUCUCUGGUAAAAAUCACCCCCUCCCCUCCUGCCCACAGUCUCGGCCCACCCCUUCCCC